UAGCCAAUCAGAGCGCAAUGUGUAGAAGCGCUGCCGUUUGAAAGAUUAGAAAAAAUAUUUUAGGGAAGCGUAGUCUGCAGGCAAUGUAGCUAGCAAGGGCAAUUAAGAUUAGAUAAAAACAAAAUAAUAGUCAUAUCGUUUUCGACACAUGUAUUCAAGUAAAUAGUAGAAUAUAGAUUUAGCCAUACUGUACUAUAAAUUAGCUAGUACAGCUAUGAUAAUCGUUAUUGAGCUAGCUAACUUUCUAACGUUAGCUACAGCAGGCUAGCUAACUGUUAACAGUGGCGAACGUGGGCUUGCUACACAAUAAUGAUAGCGCCUAACAGGGUCGAUUCUGCUGGGACUGGAUAGUUGGCACAGCGGUUGUUUUUAUUUGAUGGUCGACCUAGCUAGUUGCAGGUUGUGUCGAAGGAUUUGGUUUGUCAAAUUAACGUUAGAUGGAUUGUUUUGAAUGAGAAGAAGCGCGUACACAGAGUUGUUGCUGAUUGAAAGGAAGGGAAGUGCGGACGUGGGAUAGUUAGCUAGGCACAUUUAGCUAGCUGUUAUGCUAACGUUAGAGAAGGAUACGCAUAGAUGAUCUGCUAGUUGGCUAGGUAAAUUGGUAGCCGUGUUGAACAUUUUAAGAAGGCACAGUGGAAGUCAUUGUUAAAGUGAAAGAUGAAGAUCAUUGAAAGAAAUGUGAUGCGUCUGGCUGUUGUGCAACACCUUCGUGCUGCUUAUGGGAUAAAGACGAAGAAUUGGAAUAAAAACAAAGCUCACGCCAGCUGCAAGUUGACAGUUAGCUAUUCGGUGAAAGUGUUUGGUGUACCGCUGGAGAGCCUUCCGCAGUACAGUGUGGAGAAUGGCAGUGUACCGUGUUUUCUCAUGGAUGCGUGCACAAGUCUGCUGGAACAUGUGGAUACAGAGGGUUUGUUCAGAAAGUCUGGUUCCAUUGUCCGCCUGAAAGCACUCAGGGCGAAGUUGGAUAAGGGUGAGGAGUGCCUGUCCACUGCCCUGCCGUGUGAUGUUGCUGGCCUGGUCAAGCAGUUCUUCAGGGAGCUACCAGAUCCUGUUCUGCCCACAGAGCUGCAUGAUGCCUUCCUCAAGGCCCAGCAGCUGCCCACAGAGGAGGAGAGGACCUCUGCCACCCUGCUGCUGUCCUGUGUGCUGCCUGACAGAAACAUGAGCAUCCUACAUUACUUCUUUGCCUUCCUCCACAAAGUCUCUCAGAGUGGUGUGAAUAAGAUGGACAGCAGUAACCUGUCUGUGAUCCUGGCUCCCAACCUCCUGCACGCUGGAGACGGGACAGACAAGAUGAACGCCAGCACAGAGAAACGCCUCAAGCAACAGGCAGCCGUGGUCUACUGCCUUAUAGAACAUGCUCUGGAUUUCGGUGUGGUACCUCAGUUCAUCAUGGAGAAGAUUCCAGCCAUGCUGGGCUGCGAGGCUGCUGUUCUCUCCCCUACUCUAGAUGGAUUAGAGGAGUUAGACACAAACUCUGGGACCAAGAGGAGACACAGGCGCAGUUUAGGAGAUAUGGUCAAUGGAGCUCGGAAUAAGUUAAAAACAAAUAGAACACCCACAAAUACUCCCCAGUCAGACGGAUAUGUUUUUUCUUCAACUCCUGUGAUAAUUACUCCCAACUCCAAGAGAAAACUUCCUUUGGAAUCUGGUCAAAGUUAUGGCUCCAGCAAGAAACGGAGAUCCAUCAAAAAGAACCUUGUUUUAGAGUUACUACCUAAUGCUCUGUUUGGUGGAAGCUCUACUCCUGUACCAGGAUACAUGGACCCCAGUGCUUCGGAAUCCCUGAACUCCUCCCAGAAUGCAUUGUCCUCAAUUGGGAGGUCCAGCAGGCAGUGUGCCAGCUCUGCAAGGAGAAAGAGCAAACGACUAAGUCACCGGCAUGUUGUCAACCGAGUGGAGUCAGGGAAAGCUGGUUGCUUCUCUCCCAAGGUCACCAAGAAAGAAAACGUUUGUAAGUCCCUGCGCCUGCGCUUCAGCCUGGGCAAGAGCAGCAGAGACCCUAAAGAGGGUUCAGAGUCCAUUGGUUGGCGACUUGCCACUCAAGAGAGCACCACCAGUUUUCGUUUCACCAAAGAUGCCGAAUUUAGCCCGACUGUAUUGCGAAACAAGAGCUCGUCGAAUGGCUCCAAGUUCUACAGUAAGUCAGAGGACAACCUGCUGACCCCCCAGUGUGACGACGGCAGUGCCCUCCGGACGUCCUGGAGAGGGGAGACCCCUGACGAGGGUCUUGUCUUGGGCGGGGGCUCCUUCACCGACACACCCAUGAACAUGUGCCUGAACAACAACUACUACUCUGAGCCUGCCAUCGUGGUGGCCAAGCCCCCUAUGGUGGCCAGCUUCCCCAAGAAGCUGUGCUGUGGCUCCAGCGCUGAGAGCCUGGAGAGUGAGGGCUCGUUCAGCCAGUCCCAGAUCGGGCCCACCUUACUCAAGAUCAAAAGAGCCUUCACUGAAUCACACCACAGUGCCCCCUCAGGAGAGGACAAGGCAUCACACCCUGAGAACACUGAAACAGAUUCAACUCCUGAAUCUUCAACACUCAAAGGUGCAUCACCAAACAAAGAGAGUUCUAGCAUGCCAACAUCUCACAGGUGUCUGGCUGAUGACCAGAACAUCACAUUUGGUCAGAUCAAGUUUGUUCCUCUGUCUCCCUUGUCUAUAGACAGCACCCUGUUUGAAGUGGGAGGGAGUAGCAGUCUGUCAGAGAAGGCCUGUGACCAGUCGCUGUGUGCUGGUGACAGAUCUGUGGAGGGAGAGGCAGAGACUGUGGCUGACCAAGUGAACUGCAGUAGGCUGAUCAAUGCCCUGGACAUCCAGAGCCCUGCUCACUUCACACGCAGCAUGGCUGCUGGGGUCCAGACCACUCCAUACAGAGCCUCCGGGCUGGAGUACUUUCAGGAGCUCAACACCCCUCUACCCCCCAUGGGUACAGUAUCUGUAAUGGUAGAUGUGGCUGUGGCAUCCCCAGAGCCCAGUACCCAUCCCCAGAGGCAGGAGCAUCAGCAGGUGGAGCUUCCCUCCCCAGGCACCCUGGAGACCCGCAGGAUAAGGGUGGCAGACCACAUCCAGCGCUUCAACAAGCUCGUCCUGUAUUCACCUAAAUCACAGGCCAAAGCAGUCAGGUCCCCUCUCAAGUUCCAGCGUACCCCCGUGCGCCAGUCUGUCCGCAGGAUCAACUCUCUACUGGUGGACAGGAGGCCUGCAGUGGUUGGGAACACCUCCAGCCGGGCCCAGGACACCCCUACCCCUGUGGGGAAGGCUGUCAGCCUGGAGAGUGGCCUGUCUGCUGGGGCUCAGCUUCAGCCUUACCAGUGCCAAGCAGACAACCAGGGAGGCCUCCCAAAUUACAAGGGCCGCUCCACAAAAACCCGCCCUCCUCCUGUCCCACCCAAGAAGACAGCCAGCAUCAUGCGCAAGCCUAGGAAUUGCGCUCUAGGCGACGUGACCAACAAGGUACAACCUAAGGCCAAAGGUGACACACCCAUUAAGAACAGCCCAGGAGGUGAAGGUCAGAAGUCUGUGGUGCAGCAGGUGGCUGAGAGGGAUGUGUGUUGCUACAGAGGCUCCCCCAGGAACCCCCUCAACGAUGGCAGACUGCUGUCAGCCACCAAGCCCAUAGACCUCUAGUCUGGUAGAACUGCUCCCUUUACUAUGCAGGUCUCCCUAUCUGGAAAUAGACCGUCACUGUAUGACUCCAAAACAUUCCCCUCUGUUUUCAGGGUUUAAUUUAUUUUAAUUUCUAGAUGCUGUUCUCCGUGAGUUGUGUUUGGGGUGACUGAUCUAUGGCACCUUUUUUUACUCUUGUUGGUAAAAGUGGAGUUUUGCAAAUGCAUAUCAGUGUAAUGGAAUGAGUUUGUUUUGUAGUCUGUUCGACUAGUGUGAAAGCCAAUGUUCAACGGUUGGGUGUAUGGCUGGAAGUUUCCAGAUUUUAGAUUUGCUUUUACUUAUCUUUUCAUUGAGUUUGUCAUUUGGUAAAGGUCUACAAAGCAAACUGUUUCCCCUAAAAAACAUUUCAUGUAUUUUCUUUAAAAAAUAUAUUUUGCAUUGGAUUAAACAUAUGAACCGAUCAAGGCACCUUUUGGGCAAAUUUAUUGAUAAAACCUUUCAAGCGGUAUUGAUUUAAUUCACCUCUGCAGUUAGUCCUAGUAUUUCCAAUCUCUUCAGAAGUAGUGCAUUACCAUGUGAAUUUUUGUUAAAUAGAAAAAUAAAUCAAAACAUUCAGAACACUUG